CCACUCUCCAGUCCCGCGCCGCCAGCCAGUCAGCCAGCUACGCUCGUGCGCGCUCUUUCUGUGUCGCUCGCUUUUCCACUUACCCACACUCACACACACACACACACUUGUUCACACAUUGUGCAUAUGAAAUAUACAUAGGUUACAUAGCCACGAGUAACGACGACGAGACAACAACAACAAGAGCAGCCCCAUCGCGUGGCGCGUGUGUGUCAGCAGGUGGCGAGCGCGACAUUUGCUACACGCCGGGGUGUUGUGUGAGCGCGAUAUACUCUCUUGCGUGUUAUAUAUACACAUACAUAGUGGUCGCGGUGCUGCUGGUGCGCUGCUGGUGCGCUGGUGGUCGUAGUAUCGCCGAAAAUAGCGGGCAUCUAACCUAUCGAGGAUACACAAGUGGCAAGGAAAAAAGCAGCAACAACAGCAGUUAAGUGUCUCGUAUAUGUGCUGUGCGCGAAAAAGGUGCGCGACGGACGACAUGCUGCGCGUGUCAGUCAUGCCUCGGAGGAACGACCGACGAGUAUUCGCGCUGGCCCGCGGCUGCCUCAGCCGGUGAACCGCGAGUACACCAGUGAGAGAGAGAUAGAGAACAGCAGCGCGAGAACCUAACCUCAAUUCAGACCACGAGUGCGUAUUAAGGCAGUGUGCACGUUUUUUCGGCUUUGCGAGUCGUGCCGUUCCGUGCGUAUGUGUGCGCUGUAGGAGAGAGCAUCGAUCGAUAUAUACGAGAGUGUGCGUGUACGUGCGAAGGAGUCGACACAAAAACAGUGAAACACGAGGAAAAUAGUGAUCGCGCGCGAGCACAAACACAGAGAGAGAGAGAAAACCGCGAGCGAGUUAUACGUCUAGGUGAGCAGUGAUUCCUCGCCGACUACUCAGCUGUUUCCCGCCAAGAGCGGCCAUUACGACGAGUGCAGCGAGAGAGAGAGAGGAGCUCUGAUACGUACCGCGACCGUCUUCUAUCCGCGCGCGGGAAUUACACUUUGCUUCGCGAGCAAGAGGGAUUGAUAACGCGAGUGUGCUACAGUGCUGUAUUUCUCAAUAACAAAUAGCCAGAGAGUGAGAGAGAAAUACGUAGACAUCGCCGAGGGAAAAGGAGACACUGUAUGGUGGUGAUAUCGUCGAAGCAGCCGCUGCAGGCCGAGGGGACGGCUCGUCGCAGUAGCGGCAGUAAUAAUAAGAGAAGGACGCCUGUGUCCGCGAGUGCUGGUGCGUUGGUUGUAAGUGCUGUUGCUGGUGUCGUCGGUUGCACGGGAAAACAACGGCGCGAGCACGGGAUUAUGUCAGUGUUUACCAACAGCGACCUGCUUGAGGAAAUCGUCGAGACGACCGAGGAGCAGGAGGCGGACCUGUGCAGCGGCGGUGAGACGGUAGACGAUUUGCCGGGCCUGCCGAUCGGCGACUACAUCGAGGAGCCCGAGCAGAAGCACCAGCCGCACCUGCACCACCAGCCGACGCAGCUGCACCACCAGCCGACAGCCAGGAGUCAGUCGAGCAGCAGCAGCUCGUCCUCAAAGCAGAAGGGCAGCCGAUCGUCCGGUAGCCAACAGGGCAACGUAGGCCUCAGCAACGGCACCUCGACCAGUCGAGGCUCGGCCCGCUACCCCAUGGAGCAGGAGAAGAGGAUGCGGCGAGAGAUCGCCAACAGCAACGAGCGCAGGCGCAUGCAGAGCAUCAACGCCGGCUUCCAGUCGCUCAGGACCCUACUACCCCAUCACGAAGGCGAGAAAUUAUCUAAGGCUGCGAUACUCCAGCAGACUGCCGAAUACAUCUAUCAACUCGAGCAGCAGAAAACUCAACUGCUGUCACAGAACCUACAAUUGAAAAGACUGGUAGAUCAACACGAAGGCGGCGAAGUGCCGACGAAGAAGCGUAAAUGCGAUAACCAAGGUGUGGUGGUGAGUCUCCCGGUGCACGUGAGCGAAAGUGGCGACGAAGGCCUGGGCAGUAUGUCUCCGGAGCCGUUGUCGGUGAUAACUGUAUCGGCUGAUGGUCACGCCUCGGUCGCGAGCAACGAGGUGGCCGAGCUCAAGCGACAGCUCGAAAGGGAACGCCUCGCCAGGGCCCACCUCGAGAAGGAGAUGCGCGCCAUUCAGAACCAACAGAUUUAUCCCGAACGCUUCCGAGAGGAGCAGAUCAUGACUUAUCAACCCCACGAGGUGAUCGAGCACACGAACAACAUCAUACCGCCGCUCGUCGAGGACAGCAGCAUGCCCGAAGAGCUGCAGCUAGUUUCGGUAGUGUCGGUGCCGACGGUGGGCUCGACGCAGACGGUGGAGACGAGCAACGCCGACUCGAAUACGCCGCCGCUCUCGCCCCAGCCCGGUUGCGAGGUAAUCGUCCCCAGCAACGGUGGCGAUUCAAUCAAGGAGGUCAGCGUUGACGAGCUCCUUCAGAUCGAGUCGCGGCCGAACAGCCCGAAGGUCGUGGGUUUCACCGGUGUCCAGGUCUUCGCGUCGGCGCUCGACGAUCAAACGAGUUCCGGCUCGUUCAGCCCCGGGACCGUUGCCUACACCACGAGUCUACCGGUGGUCAGCGCUGCUGCCGUUGUCGGAGCUGCCGAUUUUAAGGGGACGUCGGCGGCGCAGUUCAUUACGGCAAGCCCCUCGAGACCUUUCUCCCCCGAUCUCGACAGCAGUCAGCAGCAGAGGCUGCCCAGCGUUUUGGAAGCUGCUAUCAAGGCUGAGCCUAAGGUCGAGGUCGAAAGGUUGCCAUCGCCGUCGAAUUCACUGGACGACGGAACGCCGCAGACGCGGCUCUACCUGGCCAACACGUCGCGCCAGAACCUCGAGACGAUAGUCGAGGCGAUCCGUCACCUCGAGGGUGACCACUUGUUCAGCGACGAGCCUGCCCAGGACGUACCCCUGGCAUUGACAAACAAGCCCAGCGGGUCGACCGUCGUUAAAAAGCAGCGGAUUCUUCAUGCGGACGUCAACGACUUCCUCCUGUUCCAUAAGACAACGACGGCGCCGCCGCAGCAGCAGCAGCAGCAACAAUCCACCACCACGUCGUCGACAAGCUCGAACUCCGCGACGACCGCCGGCGCGACAGCGUCUGUGCAGGCUACGCAACAGACGCAGCAGCGACCCGGGGUUAUCGUCGUCAAGCACUCGUGAUCCGUCGCCCCGCGCUCCAAGCAGCACUAGCUCCGGUACCGAAUGAGUCAUCGUCAGCGUCACCCCUGGCCUCACCGCCGCCGCGACGAUAGCGUCAAGUCGCGACGCGCACUCUGAGUCUCUUUCACGGACUGCGCUCGUCUGGAUAAUCGCCCUUGAGCUUUCUCGACCGUUCUUGCUUUGGCUGCUUUCGUUUGACGAGUCGUUAGCCUGAUGAGAGACUUUGUGUUUCAUUCGAGUGCUUGGACCACGAUGUUCAAAUUGUUCAAAAGACGAAUAAGAUUAUCUUUGGUGACUCUUAAAGAUUCCCACUUCGUAUAAGCAAUGAGUUUUGCGCGCGAAUUUUAUUCUAGCUACUGGAAAUUUCAAUGUGAUGAAGUAACUAUAUUUUGAAAUGAACAAACCAAAUGUAGAAUUUGUGGCGCAUGAUUUUUAAAAUUAUUGUGCAAAAUAAUCACAUUUUGUUUCUUUCAUUACACGAUGGAAAAUACUGUGCAGCAGAAGAAAAACGCAUUUGCAGUACGUUUUAGAAUAGCAUUCGCAUCGCAUAAGCGCAUUUAGAUUUCCUACACUCUCGUCAUUUUAUUUUACUUUUUUCCUCAGUACGGUUUUCUAUGUUCUUCCUUGUAAAUAUUACUGAUUUUUUUAAGUUUCUCUGCGCGAGAUUAAGCGUUUUGAUAAGUAAAGAGAAAAUAAAAUUGAGGAUAAAGAAAGCAAGGAUGGUCGAAAGAGAACAAUAGCGAGGAAUGCGUAGAUUAUGUAGAAUUACUUUUUUUUUCAUUUAAAGUAUAAGCUUAGGCUUAAAACUUUAAAACAGUACCACCACGAUGAUUCUAGUAAGUUAAGAAAGUGGUAACGUGCACGUACACGCUUACGGGUUCGAAUAAGUUUAUACACAUGUACGUAUAAAUAUGAAAAACCCGUGGCAAGCGUACAUCCAUGUUUUUCUUACAUUGUUAUAAACAUAAAGUUAUGUGCGUGCAAAAUAAUAAAGUAUACAGAGAGAGAGAGAGAGAGAGAGAGAGAGAGAGAGAGAGAGAGAGAGAGAGAGAGAGAGAGAGAGAGAGACAAAGAAUUAGCACUUGGACGAAAUACAUACAAAAUUGUAAAGGCGAAGCUGGAAAGAAGAAAGAGGGAUGAUUUGUAAGUUUUUAUACGCGUUUUUUCAUAUUUUGCGAAAAGACGUUCGGAAUGUAAGUCGGAUCUGCAUCGCUCUUUCUUCGAUUUCGGUAAAAAAGGGGCACCCACUAUGUCGUUUUUGUUCUUACUUUCGUUCUCGUGAAGCGGCGGUGGGCGAUGUGAAAAUUUCAUUUAAACGUAUAAUCUGUGCCAAAUAAUGGAGUCCGUGGCUUUUGUUCCUUCGUAGGUGUUAUAACGGAUAGUGCGACCGACUGACUCAAAAUCACGAGUGUAAAAGCGAGAAUGUGAGAGUGAGAGCGAAGCCUCUGUUCAUAUGCUAUUUACGACACUUUACAUUUGAUUUGUUUUUUUUUUCCUUUCUUUGUGCAUCCUUUUACUGACUUUGAGCGUUGUAAUAAUUGCCAGUUUACUAUCACGUAGAGGCAUAAUCUGAGUUUUUUCAAGAAAUACACAAACUAAGUGAAAAAUAUACUUCGAACUUUUAUUAACAAUGGAAAUGCAAAAGAUUGCACACUUGUUUGUGACGACCAAUUGUCGUUGAUUCUUUACGAAAGAGGAAGGCAAAAAUGUACGAGUUUAAGUAAAACACACUUAGGAGUUAGUGCGUAGUAGUUUAUGCAUAGCGUUUAAAAUUAAUAUGUUAAGGUAUCUUAUAUGUCUCUUAAUUGAUAAGGAAACCCUAUACAAUAUUGUUUAAGUCGUCGCUGAAGACAAACACCGCGAUUUUAAGAUUUAAGCAAAGAAAAUACAACAUUUAUAAGCUAAGGACAGUUUAAAAUAGCGCGAUAAAUACGUAGGAAUUGUUAGAGCGACGAGAGUGAGUGAGCAUUGUGUGUUUGAGUCGAAAUACUUGCGUGAGUAUGAGCCAUUGAUAAAUGACGCGAAUUUACCUGAAUAGAGUUACGAUGCUACCGAUGUCGUUGACGCAUACAAACAAUGACGCAUAAAAGAAAGAAAAGUCGAGAAACAUAACCAAAAUAUUGGUCGCGUUUCAUUUUUCCUUUUUGAAUUUUGGUGUUGCAUAUUCAAACUGUUUUAAAGGAAGAAAGUAUAUCGAUGUGCGGUUUGACGUUUGCGAUUCUUGUGACGUGAGCGGUCAAAAGUUUAUACAGAUGAAAAAAAAAAUGUUAAAGAGUACGAAUCGCACUUUUGUUAGUCCUCUCACUCGCAGAAUCACAAAUGCUCUUGCACUGCUGUUUUCUUCGUUGUAUCAACACGAGUUAAUAAAAACUCAAUUUAUAUGUCGGCCGAUGCGCUAAGGUAAAUACAUAAAUAAAAAUUAAAGGGGCGACUCUGGCGAUUUCUUAUAAUCACUUAAAUAAAACUUGUAUGUGUUCCAGACUAAACUGGCAAAAAAAUCAGUAUCUCGCCAGAGUGCCGCCUUAAGGAAAGAUGUAAAUGCGGCAAGAUAACUUGCGAGAUGGCGUGCGUCGUAAUUACUAUAGCGUUAGUAGAUUUAGGGUUCCCAAGAUCAUGGUUGGCAUUUGAACCGGUACCUCGGUGAAGCAAAGACGAAACGAAAGGAUAAAUUUUCCAAUUCAGCGAGGACCACUGAAGGCCUAAUAAAAAAGGAAAAGCGACACGAACACAUUUGAGAACGCACGUUCGACGACAAGCAUUUGGAUCAAGUUAAUGCGCGCACUCGUUUUACAAUCAGAUUUUAAAACACUUUUUUCAUUUUAUCAGUUCAUCAUGUACAAAAGAGACAACAUUUUAUAUCUUUUUGAAUAAUUGGUAAAAUAAAUCGCGGCAUUUUCUCUCUCGUUGGCGAGAUCCAUUGCACAGACGUGCAAGCUAUUGCGACCUGUAUUUGCUUAAGAAAACGGACUAAUAUUUUUAUGUAUCGUUGUUUCGAAUUAGUUAUUCGUUACAUAUAAAAAUCGCAGUAGUUUCAUAAAAUAAGAAAAAUAAAGGCUCGUCGAACGGCGGCGACAAAUACUCCCCUUGGCCGUCAAAUGCGCAACGGCAUAUGCGCUCUUUGUAUACGAAAAUUUAAUUAAAAUAAAGAUAAUUUGUAAAAAAAGUAAA